AUGGAUGUGAUACAUGCCGUGCAGCAAUAUGUCUCGAGGAUGACAGAAGGGGUCGGAGGGAUGAAGGCUCUGCUUCUGGAUAAAGAGACUACAGCCAUUGUAAGCAUGGUCAUCAGCAGGUCACAGGUACUCGAAAAAGAGGUGUUCCUUUUCCAGCGCCUCGAUGCCGGCGGGAGGGGACGAAUGCUGCACCUGAAAGCAUUGGUGUUCCUGCGGCCAACCCGAGAGAACAUCGAACUUCUGGCAAAGGAACUUUUGCAGCCCAUGUUCGGAGAAUACCACCUGUUCUUCAGCAACGUGUUGAGCAACGAUGCCGUCAGGACGCUUGCACAGGCUGACACCUACGAGGUGGUGAAGCAAGUGCGCGAGCUGUAUGCGGACUUUUACUCGCUUUCGCCCUCAUGCUUUUCUCUGAACCUCCCCCCGAAUUCGGCAUUGUCGACUCCCCUCGCGGACAGAACGCGGGAUGGUAUCUUUGCGCUCCUCCUCGCGCUGAAGAAGAAGCCGGCGAUUCGCUACCAGGCAUCCUCUCGUGAUGCCGAGCACAUUGCUGCCUUGCUGAGCCAGCACCUGGAUCAGCAGCAGGAUACGCUGGAUUUCGGGAGGAAUGAAGACAUGCCGCCAUUACUGCUGAUUCUUGACCGAACCGACGAUCCGUUGACCCCUUUGCUGAAUCAGUGGACGUACCAGGCGAUGGUGCAUGAACUCCUGGGGAUUCGCAAUAACCUGGUUGAAGUACCGCGAGCUGCUGGCAGUGAUGCAGAUCCAACCAGCAUUGUGCUCUCUGCGGUCAGCGAUGAUUUCUUCAAGGAAAAUAUGCACACAGAUUACGGCGCGAUGAAUGACGCUGUGCAAGCGAAGCUUGAGGAGUUGAAGAGGAAUAAUCCUCAGUUCGCUCAAAUGUGGCAGGGAAACAAUGCUAAACUUGGAACAAUCGCUGAGAUGCAGCGAAUAAUAGAGAAAUACCCUGAGAUGAGCAAGAUGAAAGACAAUAUCAGCAAGCACGUGAAUCUCCUGCAUACUCUAGCGAAAAUGGUGGAUCAAUAUAAUCUUCUCGAAGUGUCGGAGAUUGAACAGCAGCUUGCAGCAGUUCAAGAUCAUAAAUCGGCUCACAAGCAAGUCAUGGAAAUGCUGGGAAACAGCAACGUACGUCAAAUUGACAAGCUACGGCUAGUGCUGCUGUAUGCUCUGAGAUACCAGAAGGAGGGUGGCGAGAAGGGAUACAUUCAGCAGCUGGCAAGGAUGUUGCCAGCCGAGAAAGUAGCAGGUGCUUACAUAUCGCAAGGUGGCGCAGAGGAGUUGAUGCCCACGUACCAAAAGUUUCCGGAGAUUCUCCUCCGGGAGUGCGGAGCAGGCGCUCGAACGCCGCAAUCGGAUCUCUUCAACCGCGGGGUCAACGCUGUGGUGUCCCAGGGGUUCAAAAGCAUCACAAACAACGCAGGCUCGGACAACGCAUACAUGCUGCAUCAGCCUCUACUUGAGAAGAUCCUGAAAUCAGUGGAGAAAGGAAGACUUCCGGAGGACAAGUACCCUUUUCGUCCGUGCUCAACGUACAAGGAGGCAGUAGACGCCAUGCGAGCCUUCAAACGAGGGCCUUCGGAGCUCAUUGUGUACAUCGUUGGAGGAGCCACCUACGCUGAAUCUCGUGUGGUUUCCAAGUUCAACGACGAGAACAGGCACUGUCGCGUCAUCUUGGGAGGCUCCUGCUUCCUCAGCACACAUUCGUUCCUCGAGAGCAUCGCUGCGAGGGCUGCUUCAACUCUUCCGCAUCAGUGA